CGCAGAAACUUGUUGCAACAAACAGGCGACCGCGGGUGCCCCUAGCAGCCAGCGGCGGAGUGGGUGGGCGGGCGAGAGGGAGGGGAAGGCUGGCGGACGCCGCAGCGAACUGGUGGGCAGACCCGGAGUCGCCGCGUAAGCGGGGCCGGCUCAGUGCGGUGCGGCAGGCGCGGCUGUGCGGCAGCGGAAGUCCUUUGUUGCAGCGCAGUCCCUGGCAGAGCCAGAACCUCUCCGCGCAGCCCAGCCCAAGCGCUGCGCGCCGCCGCCACUGCAGCUCGCGGCCCCUUCACCUCCGCCCGCCUUUCCCGCGGCUGAUUUGCCUUAAACUCCCUAAAAUCUCCGCAGCUGUGCUUCCUGCUGCGGCCGGUCUCUGAUUAAUAGAAGAUGGCAAAGCCAAGCCACAGCAGCUACGUCCUUCAGCAGCUAAACAACCAAAGAGAAUGGGGUUUUCUCUGUGACUGUUGUAUUGCAAUUGAUGACAUUUACUUUCAAGCACACAAAGCAGUUCUAGCUGCCUGUAGCUCCUAUUUUAGGAUGUUUUUCAUGAACCAUCAGCAUAGUACUGCACAGCUGAAUCUCAGCAACAUGAAAAUUAGUGCCGAGUGCUUUGAUCUCAUUUUGCAAUUUAUGUAUUUAGGGAAAAUAAUGACAGCUCCCUCUAGUUUUGAGCAGUUUAAAGUGGCAAUGAACUACCUACAGCUGUACAAUGUUCCUGACUGCUUAGAAGACAUACAGGAUGCAGAUUGUUCUAGUUCAAAAUGUUCAUCUUCUGCCUCCAGCAAACAGAACAGCAAAAUGAUAUUUGGGGUGAGAAUGUAUGAAGACACUGCAACAAGAAAUGGCAAUGAAGCCAACAGGUGGUGUGCAGAGCCAAGUUCAACAGUAAAUACACCACAUAAUAGAGAGCCUGAUGAAGAGUCUUUACAAUUAGGUAAUUUUGCUGAACCACUAUUUGAUGUAUGUAAAAAAAACUCUGUGUCCAAGUUAUCUACUCCAAAAGAACGUGUGUCACGGCGCUUUGGCCGGAGCUUUACCUGCGACAGCUGUGGAUUUGGCUUUAGCUGUGAAAAAUUAUUAGACGAACAUGUGCUAACCUGUACUAACCGACAUUCAUACCAAAACACACGAUCUUACCACCGAAUAGUAGAUAUUAGAGAUGGAAAAGACAGUAACAUCAAAGCAGAAUUUGGUGAGAAGGAUUCUUCUAAAACAUUUCCUGCACAGACAGACAAGUACAGAGGAGACACAAGCCAGGCUGCUGCUGAUGAUUCGACAUCAACCACUGGAAGCAGGAAAAGCAGCACAGUGGAGUCUGAAAUGGCCAGUGAGGAAAAAAGUCGAGCUGCUGAGAGAAAAAGAAUCAUCAUCAAGAUGGAGCCAGAAGAUAUUCCUACGGAUGAACUGAAAGACUUUAACAUUAUUAAGGUUACGGAUAAAGACUGUAAUGAAUCCACUGACAAUGAUGAAUUAGAAGAUGAACCUGAAGAGCCAUUUUAUAGAUACUAUGUUGAAGAAGAUGUCAGUAUUAAAAAAAGUGGUAGGAAAACUCUCAAACCUCGGAUGUCAAUAAAUGCUGAUGAAAGAGGUGGUUUAGAAAACAUGCGGCCCCCUAACAAUAGCAGUCCGAUACAAGAGGACAGCGAAAAUGCGUCCUGUGAGCUGUGUGGCCUCACCAUAACUGAGGAGGACCUGUCAUCCCAUUACUUAGCCAAACACAUUGAAAAUAUCUGUGCAUGUGGUAAAUGUGGACAGAUACUAGUCAAGGGUAGACAACUUCAGGAACAUGCUCAGAGAUGUGGAGAACCCCAAGAUCUGACGAUGAAUGGGUUAGGAAACACUGAGGAGAAAAUGGACAUGGAAGAGAAUCCCGAUGAGCAGUCGGAAAUAAGAGAUAUGUUUGUAGAAAUGUUGGAUGACUUUAGGGACAAUCAUUUCCAGAUAAACAGUAUCCAAAAAAAGCAGCUGUUCAAACAUUCUGCCUGUCCCUUUCGAUGUCCUAAUUGUGGCCAGCGUUUUGAGACUGAAAAUCUAGUGGUUGAACAUAUGUCCACCUGCCUAGACCAAGAUGUGUUUAAGAGUGCCAUCAUGGAGGAAAAUGAGAGAGAUCACAGACGAAAGCAUUUUUGUAAUCUCUGUGGAAAAGGAUUUUAUCAGCGGUGUCACCUAAGAGAACACUAUACUGUUCAUACUAAGGAAAAACAGUUUGUCUGUCAGACAUGUGGGAAGCAGUUUUUAAGAGAACGUCAGUUGCGACUGCACAAUGAUAUGCACAAAGGCAUGGCCAGGUAUGUCUGUUCCAUUUGUGAUCAAGGAAACUUCAGAAAACAUGAUCAUGUACGGCAUAUGAUUUCUCAUUUAUCUGCUGGUGAGACUAUAUGCCAGGUCUGCUUUCAGAUAUUCCCAAAUAAUGAACAGUUGGAGCAGCACAUGGAUGUUCAUCUGUAUACAUGUGGAAUAUGUGGAGCAAAGUUUAAUUUGAGGAAAGAUAUGAGAUCACAUUAUAAUGCCAAGCAUUUGAAAAGACCAUAAGUGAUUUUGUGAUUUUUCUACUGUACUAAUGGUUAGUUGAUAGCAGACAGAACACCAAAGCAAAGGAUAUGAGCUAUUUAGAAAUUGAUUUUAUAAUAUAAAUCAUUGGGAAAAAAAUAUCAAGGCCCUUUUCCUUUAAUAUUUUCAUUUAGGAUCUUAAGUAUCUACAUUUUAGGAGUUAUGAAAUGUUUAUUUUUGUUUCUUAAUAGAAUUCUUUGUUUUUAGUUUGUCUUAGCUAUGAUUAAAAUUACUUUUAAAUGUAGACUACAAGUGGUUUUUUACCCCUUCAGUGACUUUUAAACUUUAGUUUUUUUAUUAAUAAGGUGAUGACUUCACUAUUUCUUUUUUUUAAAGUUAUCUUCUGAAAUUUUAAACCCAAUAUUAGUGGGCAUUCCUGUUUAAAUUAAAAGAAAUUUUUAAAAUAGUUAUUUGAUAUUAUCUCAUUCACUUUUAAUUGUUUUUUCCAGUUCAACAGUGAUUUGGCCACUUUUUAUUCCUCUUAUUAUCAAUGAAAUUCAGAUUCUUAAAUUGAUAGGCCUACUAGGCAGGUUAGGUGCAUUGAAUCUAACCUUGAAGACUGACAUGGGCCCAAACUUGGCCUAAAAAGAUUGAUGGACCUGAGGAAAUUUCUAUAAAUAAAUAUUUCCUAUAAUUGAUAAAAUAUUAUCAUUUAAUAAUCACAUUUAAAACUUAUAUUAAGUGUAAAACCCAAUGACUUUACCUCACUUGAGAAACUAGUGAGGAUAAGCCAUUUUGUUUUGUGAUAUUAAAUUUAACUAUGAUAGUUAAUUAAAAAGACAUAUCUUGUAUUCAUUUAAAAUAUUUUAAUUUAAAAUAUUCUGAUUUCUAAAGUGUGUUAGUUUAUCAAUUAUUCUUGUUUAUAAACAGACUUUAAUAUCUCUAGAAAUAUGACAUCUAAAGGGAAAUGAUUUUUUCAUCUUUAAAAUUACAUACUUUUGGAACCUACUUUGAGAUUUGAGAAAGUUGCCAUGUAUACUGAUAAAUCUAAUAAAAUAAAGAAAUCAAUUAUAAAUCUGGUGGUUCUAUAAAAGUAGAGUGCGCAAAAAAGUUUCUUGUGUUUUAUACUUUCUAAAAUUUGGGGAAAAAAUGUUGUAGCAAAUUAGUUUAUCAUGCCUUUUUUUUUCCUUCCUGUAAAGGACUAUAAAAUUUGAGGAAUAUAAAAUAACCACAGAGAAUAUAAAUGGAAUCAGCUUAUCAUUUUUUAGUUAAAGUAGUGUUACUGUUAAUUGUUGCUAACACAAGGGUCUAUAAGAAUUACAUGUGAAUUAAAACACUGGCAAAAUUUCUGGCCCACCAUUAAGCACAUCUAUUGAAUA